CGUGCAUGCUUCGCACUCGGUCAUUUCGUCUGGCGGCUUCUUCAGGCUUCUUCGAGGUGGUUUAGAGCGCACGUGGACGCGUGUUUUUGGUAUUCUAAAUCUCGUUUCUUCAAGAACAACUUGAUCGAAGUGCGGAUAACAGCAGCAGGAAGCGACUGCGGUGUAUCAAAUUUACAAAUCUGCGAUUAAAAGAAAUUAAAUACUUAAAAGUGUUAGAAAAUUAUGGCAGACUACGUGUUAGGCAAUACAGAACCAGCAGACAUACCGUUGCCAGACGAUGGAUUGUCAGCCGCGCAGUUAUUCGCCGCGGGUGACGGUCUCACCUACAACGACUUCAUCAUCUUGCCAGGUUAUAUAGAUUUUACGGCGGAGGAAGUCGACUUAUUGUCACCGUUAACAAGGAAGAUCGUGCUGAAGGCACCACUCGUGUCCUCUCCUAUGGACACCGUCACGGAAUCGGACAUGGCAAUCGCUAUGGCCCUUUGCGGCGGAAUUGGCAUCAUACAUCACAAUUGUACCGGCGAAUAUCAAGCCAACGAAGUGCAUAAGGUAAAGAAAUACAAGCAUGGUUUCAUCAGAGAUCCAGUUGUGUUGGCGCCAUAUCAUACAGUCAAUGAUGUUUUGAACGUGAAAGCUGAAAAUGGUUUCAGCGGAGUGCCUGUCACAGACACGGGUAAAGUUGGCGGUAAACUAUUAGGCAUUGUCACCUCCAGAGAUAUCGAUUUCCUCGAACCUUUGCCUUCCUAUCAAAGUAAAACGCUUAGUUCAAUAAUGACAAUCUUAGAAGAUCUAAUCACCGCACCAGCUGGUGUGACACUGCAAGAAGCAAACGUUAUUUUGGAGAAAUCGAAGAAGGGCAAGCUUCCUAUUGUGAAUGAGCGAGGUGAACUUGUAUCUCUGAUGGCAAGAACUGACUUGAAGAAGAAUCGCAGUUACCCAAGUGCCAGUAAGGAUGAGAACAAGCAAUUACUGGUAGGAGCCGCGAUAGGAACGCGUGAGGCGGACAAACAUAGAUUAGAAUUGCUCGUAGCAGCUGGUGUAGAUGUAGUGGUAUUAGAUUCUUCCCAGGGCAAUUCCAUGUAUCAAAUCGACAUGAUUAAGUAUAUUAAAUUGCAAUAUCCGGAUCUACAAGUGAUUGCAGGCAAUGUUGUGACUACGAUGCAAGCCAAAAAUCUUGUAGAAGCGGGAGCAGAUGCGUUACGCGUCGGAAUGGGUUCCGGAUCUAUCUGCAUAACGCAAGAGGUGAUGGCUGUGGGACGGCCACAAGCGACAGCCGUCUACAAAGUUUCCGAGUAUGCCAGAAAAUUUGGAGUGCCGGUUAUAGCGGACGGUGGUAUUCAAUCUAUCGGACACAUCAUCAAAGGUCUCAGUUUAGGCGCUAGCACCGUCAUGAUGGGCUCCUUGCUGGCUGGAACGUCGGAAGCCCCAGGCGAAUACUUCUUUAGCGAUGGAGUCCGGCUUAAAAAGUACAGAGGAAUGGGUUCAUUAGAAGCCAUGGAUAGGAAAGAUUCCAAGGGUUCGGCGAUGGAUAGAUAUUUUCAUAACGAAAUGGACAAGCUGAAGGUAGCGCAGGGCGUUAGCGGUUCUAUAGUUGAUAAGGGUUCGGUGCUUAAAUUUUUACCAUACUUAACGUGCGGUAUCAAGCACGGCUGUCAAGAUAUCGGAGCGAGAUCACUUAACAUCUUGCGAUCUAUGAUGUAUAGCGGGGGACUAAAAUUUGAAAGAAGAACGCCUUCGGCUCAACAAGAGGGCAAUGUACACAGCUUAUUCUCGUAUGAGAAGAGGCUCUUUUAAUUAUGUAAGAAUAGGAACUUUUAAAACAUGCGUCAUGCAGAAAAGUACCUGCAUUUAAACAUAUAUCAGUCAUUUUACAAGAUUAGACAUGUUUGUAAAUUUUUUUAUCUGUUAUAAAUAUAUACGAGGUAUCUUUAUCUCGGAUAUGAAUUGUUUACCUCAACUGCUCUCAAUGAAUAAGAAAGCAUCGAGUUACUUACAUCUGUUUUUUAUGUACUUAUUGAUAGACACGUGACAUAUUUAAAUAAAUUUGACGCGGCACUUUUUAAACAAAUUUAAACAAUUUUAAACAUUUAAAUAUAUAUUUAAAAAAGUUUAAUUGUAUUAAAUUUGUAUUUAUAUUCAAUGAGCGAUAUAUUGAAAUCAGGCAGAUUAAACUGUUGUGAUUACUAUCUAAUAUGUUAAUAUGGAUUGACAUGCAUAAUGUUAAAACAUAGCUAAGAAUGAACAUGCAGUUCUUUUAAUCUGACCAAAUGAUAUAUAUAUAUAUGGUUGUUAUAUAUAAACAUUAAGGACUCGCAGUCGUAAAAUGAUAUUAGCACGAAUAAAUGCCAAAACAGGAGAUCACCAUUCUACACAGUUUGUAUGAUUUAAUUAACUAUUUUGACUCGUUCAUUCCUAAAAUCAUUUUAUUUUUAAUAAUUUGAUGAUUACUCUACCAUAUCUUUAGAAACUAUCUAUUUUAACUUUUCCCAAACAUACACGAAAUAGAAAUUGAAAUUAGCAAUAAGUUAUCAAUCUGAUGGUAAUAUUGUUAAAAAUAUUAAAUGUACCAAAACUUCUUAUUCGACACCAUCUUUCAAUCAAUAUAUUUUAUACAGUAUUCUUACAAUAAACUAUAUUUCGAUAAAAGCUAA